AUGCAGUGCAGUCAGAGCGAUCACCAUCAGAGCAGAGCAGAGCAGAUCACCACUCGCGUGCGAACACGUUCGUUGCUGAAGAUGGCAGAGAAAAGGGAGGGAUUUGAUGGUCAAGGAGAUGAGCGUGAUGUGAUUGAUGGUGACAAGUUGGAAGUUGUUGGGUGGAAGUUGAAAGGGGUCGAAUGGAAGAGAGUCCAGUGA